AUGGACAACAACUUACUUGCAAUGCUUGCAGCUGCCGGAGCUUCCCUCGUACAACUCAACAACACUAUAAUAUCUAUUGCUGCUGCUGGAGCGGCCAUCACCUACCUUGGAAAGAUGUGGAACACAUACGAGCCCUACUAUGGCGAUGGAGGGCAAGCUAGGUACACUCGAUUUUUACUGAACGAAGUCAGACCUGAGCUUUUCCGUGAGAUCACUCGGAUGGAACGUUCAACUUUCAACAGUCUAGUUGAGGAAUUGAAGUUCAAUCGACUCCUAAAAGAUGGUCGAUCGGUCUGUGUAGAAGAACAAGUUUUAAUAUUCUUAGACAUUGUUUGUCACAACAAUGCCAUGCGACAGACAGCAGUCAAAUUUCGGCGUGGGUUGUACACAGUAACACGCGAGGCUGUUUGA